UUUUGAUUUGUGUUAUCUGUUUUCUUUAGAUAUUAAAUUAUUUUGACAGUGAAAAACUAAAAACUAAAAAGUGAACAGUGAACAUUGUACUUAAAUAAUGGUUUUUAAUAAUUGAUUUUAGUUAUUAAUUAUUUUAUUAGAAAGUAUCAUUAAAGUAUAACGAAAAUGGCAUUACGAGUGGCUGUUGCUCGUCUACAGAUUAAAACAGUUGCUGGAGAACCGUUUUUAUUACGUAUAAACAAUCAAUUUAGCCGUAUGAAACAUUUCAACAAUGAGUCACCAUUAGCUAAACAUGCUAAAAAACGUACCAGCUCACUACGUUUAAUCGGUGGUGGUUUGGCCAUUGGUGUUGCUGUUGGAGCAGUAUAUUCAUAUUUCUCGGAUUCAGAGCGAAAAUUACCUGGUUCUAUAAUAAAUACUCCAACAAAAUUACCAAUUAUGAAGACAUUACCUUCCGAACUGAAGGUCACCCGUAAAGUACGACACAAUAAUGAUGAAUAUUCUGAUUUAAUUUUAUUUCAGUAUCCAACUUGUCCAUUUUGUUGUAAAGUGCGAGCAUUUCUUGAUUAUCUUAAGGUACCAUAUGAUAUCAUUGAAGUAGACCCUAUGCUCAAACAGCAAAUAAGCUGGUCUGAUUAUAAAAAAGUUCCGAUUCUAUUAGUAAAAUCAAAUAAUGGUUACCAACCUCUUACCGAUAGUACAAUGAUUGUGUCUGCUCUUGCCACUUAUCUUAAAGAUAAAACAUUUAAUAUUGAAGAUAUUGCAAAUUUUUAUCCAUCAAUGGCCUAUGUUGAUGUUGAUGGAAAGAGAAAGACAGAUAUUAUGAACAAAUAUUUUAUUAUGAAUGAAGACGAAUCUGAUAAAUCAAAACGUUUGAAUUCUGAGAACGAAAGAAAAUGGCGAAAGUGGUCUGAUGAAACGUUGGUCCAUUCGCUUUCACCAAAUGCUUACCGUACUCUAUCAGAAGCUAUAGACUCUUUUAAAUGGUUUUCAAUAGUUGGUGAGUGGGAAAAAAAUUUCCCUAUUUGGGAAACAAGUCUAAUGGUUUAUGGUGGAGCUUUUAUGAUGUGGCUGAUUAGUAAAAAAUUGAAGAAAAAGUACAUGUUAAAAGAUGAUGUACGCCAAUCAUUGUAUGAAGAAUGUAAUACAUGGGUAAAAGCUGUAGAACAAAACGGUGGAACUUUCAUGGGUGGUAAUAAACCAAAUUUAGCCGAUCUAGCUGUGUAUGGCACUCUUUCGAGCAUUGAAGGUUGUAUGGCUUUCAAAGACGUACAGGAAAAUACUAAAAUAAAUGUAUGGUUUAGUAAUAUGAAAAAGGUUAUACUAUAAUAAUGUUCCUAAUGUUGCCAUUUAUUAAAAAUGAUGAAUAGAAUGAAAAUGGGUGAAUGAUAUUUUAAUCUAACAAAAUGAGUUGUUUAUUAAAUGUUCAUUUGAAGUAUUUUUGUUUAACAAUAAAAUUAUUAAUUGAUUAUUA